AUGGUGCGGCCUACAGAGUAUGACGCGUACAUUCUCGCGAUCUACAAACAUUUUCAGGGCGUCGGUGUGGCCCAGGAUGGCAUAGCAGAUGGGACGGAACAUACGCUGCAUCGCGCGGGGCCACCGGUAUGGGACGCACCCGCAGCGCCGCGCAUUCCAACGCUGCAGCAGGACUGCGCAACGGACUGUGCGCGGUAUGCGUCGCUGGAUAGGUACGGCUUCUUUGCGUACCCAGGCACAGGUGUGCAAAAGGAGCCGCAGCUGCUUCCCACAGCAGGCUUCAAGCACCGAAGGCUGCUCCGCCGCGCCUCGUACACAUUACCAACGCCCGAAGCACUGCUUGCGUCGCGCGCGCAAUGGGAGGCGCGGGCCAAAAAAGACGAAGUGAAGCGAUGCGCAAAAUGGGCGCAUAUGAUCUCCAUGCACGACGGGACAUGCACGCUGCACGCAGCGCCCAAACUCGUGCGCGGCCGCGUGUACAAAGGCAUUCCCGAUGCAUGGCGCAGUGCAGCGUGGCGUGCGAUGGCCAAGAUGCCGCAUGCAGAUAGUGCUGUGCAGACUGCAUUCGAGACUGUGAGUGCGUACGAUACGCAGAUCGACUUGGACAUCCCACGCACUGCGCGUGGUCAUAUCCGCUUUCAUACACGCUACGGUCGGGGGCAGUGCGAUAUGUUUGCCGUCUUGCACGCGGCAAGUGUGCAGAAUGAAGUGUGUGGGUACUGCCAGGGUAUGGGAUCUGUCGUUGCCGUGCUGCUCCUAUACAUGAUACCCGAGGAGGCGUUUGCGAUGCUGCAGUGCCUCCUCGAUACGUUUGGCUUCCGCCGGCUCUACGAGCCCGGGUUUCCUGGACUGCGCGAAGAGCUGUUUGUGCUGAACACAUUGCUGGCACAGCUGGCGCCGCGCACGACAAAGCAGCUUGCAGCUCUGGGCGUAGCGCCAAGUGCGUACGCAACGCGAUGGUACAUGACACUCUUCACCAAUGUGCUACCGUUUCCUACGCAGUUGCGCGUGUGGGACGCUGUGCUGCUCGAUGGUCUCGACGUCAUUACACUGGUUGCUUGCGCGCUCGUGCAGACCCUCGAGCGCUAUUACUCGACAUGCGCGCCGGACGCCUUGUUUGAGCUGCUCAAUGCGCCGGUGUAUGUAGAGAGCGACGAUGCACUGCUGCAGUGGGUGCACAAUGCGCUGGAUGCUGCUCCUGUGCGCGCCACGAUUAAAGGCGCACGGCACGCGUGGGUAUCGCACGAGUCGCAAGGCACGAGCGAUGCCCUCUUUCUGUAG